CGGCCAGCGCCCUGGGCGGUGCACCCGGGCAGGCCGGGAAGCGGGGCGGAGCCCGCCGGGCUCCAUAUGCUGGGCUCCCGGUCCAUCUUUCCGACCCGUAAUCUCGUCACCGUGAUCUUGGCUCUGGCCUUGACCGGCCUGCAGCUGUAGCAUGGGGCCCCUGCCGCGCACCCUGGAGCUCUUCUACGAUGUGCUGUCCCCCUACUCCUGGCUGGGCUUCGAGGUGCUGUGCCGGUAUCAGAAGCUCUGGAAUGUGCAGCUGCGGCUGCGGCCCGCCCUCAUUGCAGGGAUCAUGAAAGACAGCGGAAACAAGCCUCCAGCGAUGCUGCCUCGAAAAGGAAAAUACUUGAGAAGUGACCUGAGGCUCCAGGGAGAGCAUUUCCAGGUCCCCAUCCGAUUCCCAAAGGAUUUCUUCUCUGUGAUUCUUGAAAAAGGAAGUGUGUCUGCCAUGCGAUUCCUCACUGCCUUGAGCAUGCAACGCCCAGAGUUGCUGGAGAAGGUGUCCAGAGAGCUGUGGAUGCGCGUCUGGUCACGGGAUGAAGACAUCACGGAGCCCCAGAGCAUCCUGGCUGCUGCAGAGAGGGCUGGUAUGUCUGCAGAGGACGCCCGAGCACUGCUAGAGAAGACAGCCACACCGCAGGUGAAGAACCAGCUCAUGGAGACCACGGAGGCAGCCUGCAGAUACGGGGCCUUUGGGCUACCUGUCACCGUGGCUCACGUGGAUGGCCAGACCCACAUGUUAUUUGGCUCUGACCGCAUGGAGUUACUGGCGCACCUGCUGGGCAUGCUGCUCAAAGCUGAAUGGGUUUCUGGUGCUGUGGUACAGCGGGCUAAGCUACCAUCUGCAGUGCCAGCAUCCCUUAUGGGCACAAGUUCAAGUGCCAACUGCUCCACUUCUGAUCCAACUCCAGCUGAUGCACCUGGGCAGCAGCAGAGCAUGGCUCAGGUCCUUGGGGCCCUGCGCCUAUGUGGGAGAGCCAAAGGAAGUUCCUGGCUCCUGGCUUUGGCUGGGUCCAACCCUGGUCUUUGUUGCCAUUUGAGGAAUGAACCAAUGGAUGGAGGAUCUGUUUCUCUCUCUCUCUCUUUCUCUCUGUAGAACUCUGCCUUUCAAAUAAAUAAAUAAAAUCAGAGAGAGAAAAAAAUAUAUAUGGAAUAAUAGAUCCAUUUUUUAUAAAAGCUGAAUGGGGAGGAGUGCCUUCGCCACCAACCAUAGCCCUCAAGCCCCUGUGAAACAAAGGAGCCCUCCUGCUCCUUGAUGCCAAACAGGGCUUCUCCUAGAAAACCCAGCUCACCUAAGAACAGUGCGUGAUCGUCUGUGAAUUUCUUUGUCCAGGAGAGAAGUGGAUGGGCCCUGCACCUCCAGUCCUGAGUGCCAGACUUUGAGACUGCUCAGGGAAGCUCACGGUUCAGAAGCACAGG